GGGAAGGCAUGGCUGAGCACAGGGCAGUGUCCGUGGGAGGAAGCAGCAGGAGCAGCCAGCUGAGAUUCAUGAUCUCGGCUUGGGACAGGGGCUGCUUUGCAGGAGCUUCAGCUCCAGGGCAGUUGGCUGCAGGGACAGGGCUCUGCCAAAGGUCUCUGGCUCCUGAAGGCAGCACAAAUCAACAUCCGUGAUAUGCUCUUAGAAGAACUGGUGCCGAUGGGUACAUUACUCACACAGUCAAACAUGCAUGUGAGGCCACCUGCACUCCAGCUAAUGGAACCUGCCCAGGAGCUCCAUGAAGUGCCACCAGCAGAGCCACAGGAAAUGAACAUUGAUGAUGAUGAUGAGGAGGAGGAGAAAAAAUGUGGGCCCUUUCUGGAUAUUGAGUUCCAUUUAGCCAAAGACUAUGAAGAUCUGGAACCUCCUGGUGAAGAACCCCCAGAACAGCUGCUGGCUGACACCAAGGAGCCUGAGGAAAACCAGAACCAACAGGAGAUGCCAGGGACCUCCAAUGAAGUACAGGAGCCUCUCAGCUCUGGAGCCCAUACACAGGCUCCUCCCGAUGAGAAGCCUUUCUCUAGUGAGCAGUUAGGGCUCUGCUCUGCUCACCAGCAGCAAAGUAAUAUUCACCUGGAAAUUCAAACAGGAAAGGUAGCACAAGAGGGUCCUAGAGAUGGGCCAGGGCCCUCCCGUGGAUCAGACCCCUAUGGGCCAGGGCCCUCCCGUGGGCCAGCCCCCUAUGGGCCAGGGCCCUCCCGUGGGCCAGACCGCUAUGGGCCAGGGCCCUCCCGUGGGCCAGACCCCUAUGGGCCAGGGCCUUCCCGUAGGCCAGCCCCCUAUGGGCCAGGGCCCUCCCGUGGGCCAGCCCCCUAUGGGCCAGGGCCCUCCCGUGGGCCAGCCCCCUAUGGGCCAGGGCCCUCCCGUGGGCCAGACCGCUAUGGGCAGCAGUUCAUUUCCCAGGAGGAGGACGCUCAUGUGCAUGCUCUGUCCAGCAAUUCAUUUACUCAGGCGGCAACUGUCAGUGAGCCAGAGGCAGACUAUUUUGACCAAGAAAGACAGCAAUGUAGGCUGUGUAAGAGGGAGUUUAUGCGUACCUUGGGCCUGAUAGAACAUGUGAGACCUCAGGUAGUUUCCAGAUCUCACCAGUGCCCCUUCUGUGGGAAAACCUUUAGAGGGCAGUCACAUGUUGUUGCGCACCAAGUGAGACACACCGAAGAGAGACCAUUUCCAUGCAAUCACUGUGUGAAAAGCUAUAAACACAAAUCCAGCCUGCUGAGACACUUAAAAUUCCACACAAGGGAGAACCAACCCAAGGCGAGCCAGGGUUCUCAGAGCGCCCCCCACAAGGCAAGCCAGUAGAUCACCCACCUGCAAGCUUUUCAGCACAACUCCCCAAGAAUCUGUUCAUGGAAACAGGACCAAAGAAAAGAUGCUGCCUCCUAAGAGCCUUCCCCUACACUGGGUUGUCUCAGAAGGACGGUGGUGUUUGAGCUUAUUUCAGAGAGGAGCUUUGCUUUCAGGGAGAUGCAAAGCCACCUUCCAAGGCUUACCAAUACUAGGAUAGUGGCCACUCCCCACGGUCCUGCAUGUGGUUUUCUGGGCCUGGUAAGAUCCUGUUUUGCCUUUAAUACGAAUAUUGUUUAUUCCCAAGCAGUACCCAUUUCACAAAUGCUGGGAUAAUGGCAUACAGAUUAUAUACAUUCUUCAUACCUUAAAUGGACAAAUACUGACAUGCAAGCCUGUACUGAAGUAAGUUGUUAAUAGCUGUGAAUGUCAAAUUUUCCUUCCUAGUGGAAAUGAGGGUCUCAGUUAGUUUUGUUUUGCUUUGGCUAGUAGUGAACUCCAGGCCUUGCACAUGCAAAGCAAACACUCUUACCACUGAGCUCCAUCUCUAGCUCAGGUAUGGUUUUGGUUUUCCUUACCAGUGAUGGGGAGUGAAUUUAGGUCCCUGAGCUUGCAAAUCACACACUACCACUGAGCUCCAUCUCUAGCUCAGGUAGUUUAUUUUUGGUUUUGUUUUUUUCUUUACUGGUGAUAGGGAGUGAAUUUAGGGCCUUGAACUUGCAAAUCACACACUACCACUGAGCUCCAUCUCUAGCUCAGGUAGUUUAUUUUUGGUUUUGGUUUUGUCUUUACUGGUGCUGGGGAGUGAAUUUAGGGCCUUGAGCUUGCAAAUCACACACUACCACUGAGCUCCAUCUCUAGCUCAGGUAGUUUAUUUUUGGUUUUGUUUUUUUCUUUACUGGUGAUAGGGA